AUGUCGACUACGCAGACCUAUACCCAAACUCAGUCGAGAGGUCACUCUCAUGGCCAUGGACACGCUCAUGACACGACCUAUCUGACAUCAAGAAAUAAAAAAGAUGCGGGAGUGCGAAUCACAAGGAUAGGGCUGUUCGUCAAUUUGGGGAUGGCUAUUGGCAAGGGGAUUGGGGGGUACCUCUUUCACUCUCAAGCACUGAUCGCAGAUGGCUUCCAUGCCUUAACUGACCUGGUCUCCGACUUCAUGACCCUCGCUACAAUCUCUUGGUCCCUCAAACCAGCAAGCUCUCGAUUCCCCAGCGGUUAUGGCAAGGUCGAAAGCUUGGGUGCUCUCGGUGUCAGUGGCCUGCUUCUCUUUGGUGGAAUUGGCAUUGGAUUCAAUGGUUUGGAUGCUCUCUAUGCACAGUUUUUCUUCGAUGCUGUCGGUCCGGCGCAGGAGCACGCGGAGCAUUCGCAUGGGCUGUUGUCACUCCUUGGACACGGCCACAGCCACGGGCCUUCGUUACCAGAUCUCAAUGCGGCGUGGCUGGCGGCCGGCUCCAUCGCAGUCAAGGAGUGGCUUUACCGAGCAACCAUGAGAAUUGCCCGAGAGCGGAAAUCUUCUGUUCUAGCAUCGAAUGCCGUCCACCAUCGCAUUGAUUCUUUGACCAGCAUCGUCGCCCUUGCCACCAUUGGCGGAGCACAUGUUUUCACCGACGCUUCAUGGUUAGAUCCUGUUGGAGGAUUGAUUAUAUCGGCCAUGGUCAUAAGAGCGGGGUGGAACAAUACCAAAACGGCAUUGCUCGAACUUGCUGAUGUUACUGUGGACGACGAGGUUAAGUCUUCGGUCCACAACGCGGUGACAAAAGCCUUGAAGGGUGACGCGGCGAAGGACAUUCCAGCCGUCACGUAUGGCCACGAAACGGAGAUCAGAGACAUCCAAGGAGUUAAAUCUGGUCAAAAUUACCUCAUCGACAUUGAACUGGCUGUGCCCCGAGAUUUCACCCUACAGCAAAUGGAGACAAUUGAGGAUGCCGUCCGCCAAAGGGCAGGAUCCAAAGUCCGCGGGGUGCGACGCGUUCGCGUCAAGUUUGUCCCCGCCGAGGAUACGUUUUCCACACUUGCCGGCGAUUUUAUUGCCGCAGACGUCAGCCCAAGAAGCAGUCCAGAACCGGAAGAUGGAAAUGGUCAUGACCAUGGCCACGAUCAUGGAAGCGAAAAUCCGGAUGAUCAUAAUCACCACCAUCCUAACGGCCACACAAAACCCCCAAGGAAGAAGAGGAGGAAGAACAAAGAUUCUUGA